UUAAAGACCCAGAUUAUAUCUAGUCAGCUGGUCAAACAUGUCUUUCUAGUGCCUUAAAGCAGUUGCUUGAAUUCUCUGAGACUAAAUGUCACAUGUAUAGGGCUACUGCAAUGUAGGACAUUACACACACACACACACACACACACACACAGAUUUACACCUACACAUUUGAACACGCAUUCCCUAGAGUCUGCCUGCCAAAUAGCUCUCCCUCAAGACUUGAGUAUUUCAUUAGUGAGAUAAAACAGGGCUGAGCCCACUGAGGUUGCCAGUUUCACUGAUGAGGAAAGGAGAAGCAGGGGAAUCAGAAAGAGAGAGAAAAAGAGCGAGAGACAGAGAGGGGGCUGUGAUAAACUCUGCUGCGAGCCCUCCUGUAUGCAGAGUGAGAGAGUGCAGGAGCAACAGCAUAAGAUCUGGAGAGGGUGAAAACACAACUUUGAGCAAGACCUACCACAAAGUCCACACAGAUCGCGCACUUUGAGGUGAGCGUGCAUGUGUUUUUGUCACCCUGUAGAACUGGGCUGAUGCAUUUGGGUGCGAUCGUCCCGUCAAGUGCUUCUCUGCUUUGAAGUUGGCCAGGGGGGACUGAUUUUUCCCUGCAAGGAAAGAAAGGCAGGAAAAGGCCAAAGGCUACAAAAACUGGAGUGUUUCCAACUUCUAAUUCCCUCAGGACGUUUUUUUUCCCCCACCUUGGCUUCAAGAAGAAACCACAUGUGAAGACUGAUGGGGCAAGAGCUCAACAAUACUUACCAGAGAAUUGGUUCAGAUGCAUCACCGCAAAGACUCCACAUCCCAGUAGGAGCAAGACGGAGGUAAAGAACCAGAGAGAAAGUGAGAGGGAUUCUGAGUAAAUUCCAUCCACUCCCCCCAUCCCACAUUGAGACCUUCUUCAGUUGCCUUCUGCUACCCCCCGUGGGGCAGGAAGCGUGAAAAAUCUCACUAAUGGGUUUAUUUGCUGUCAGCUCAGCGAUGACCUGUCAUUUCCCAGGACCCCUCCACACUUGACACAUUUCAUAGUCGAGUAAGCUUUGCUUUGUUUUUUGUCUAAAGAGUCCUUGUUUCACACUGUUGGCUGUUGAGAAGAUCAAGAACAGGCUGAGGUAUCAGGUGGAGCGGACAAGUCCCUUAAUCACUUUGCCUGCCUAUUACAGUAUUUUUCUUUUAGUGAGGUCAAGCGUGUGGGACGUCUCGCUGAUCUUUUGUAUUUCUCCAAGCCAAGAACAUCUUCUGCUUUCUGAACCUACUACGGUCUCCUGGCUGGUGGGCUAAAGAUGCGUUUCUGGCUGCUAGCUGUGGUGACGGCAGUGCUCUGGAGCCAGUGCAUCCUUCUAGGGUGGGCUGAGGCCAGGAAGAUGCGUAAGAGGCCGAAGGAGCUCGCUCCACAGUACACUGAAGCAUUAAACACCACUCUUUCCAACAGCGAGGAGCUGGAUGGCAGUACGAAGGUCAGUGAGAACCAGAGAGUGGACCCUCUUGGAUCAUGGAUGGAUUUUGUGAAGAGACCUGUGGGCAACUUUCCCGGAAAAUGCCGAAAGCGAAAACGACCACUGCCUGGUCCCCCUGGCCCUCCUGGCCCUCCAGGGCCUCAGGGACCCCCAGGAUCCCCUGGGGCAGAGGUCACUCAAGAGGUCCUGCUGCGAGAGUUCAAAGAAAUGAUCAAAGAGGCCACAGAGAGACGAGCAGCAGUGGAUAGGCCCAACGAACCAAGCCUGCCCACGGCUCUGAUUACCCUAGAGAGUAUGACCUCCUACAGGAGAAUCGAGGAAGCCUUCCACUGCAAACUCAAAGGCCCUGUCGUUGUGGACAAAAAGACUCUGGCUGAACUGCAGAACUUUCAGACACCUCCUGCCAAAGGUGCCUUCCUCAGAGGGACGGGGAUGGAUCAGUCCACUGGCCGAUUUACAGCUCCGGUCACUGGAAUUUAUCAGUUCUCUGCCAACGUUCAUAUUGACCACACUGAGGUGAAGAAAAGUAAGAACCAGCUGAGAGCCAGAGAUAAUGUCCGAGUUUUGAUCUGCAUUGAAUCACUCUGCCACAGAUAUACAUCAUUGGAAAUGAUUGUUGGCCUUGAGAGUAACAGCAAGAUAUUUACAGUAUCUGUCCAUGGACUGCUGGAACUUCAGGCCGGGCAGUACACCUCCAUAUUUGUGGACAAUGCAGCUGGAGCAUCGAUCACAAUACAGAAUGGUUCAGAUUUCAUGGGCAUGUUGCUGGGGGUAUAGCCUUGUUUUACAGCCAGACUAUAUCUGGCAGACCACGUGAGACUGCAGAGCUCCUCUUUGGACUAUCAUCCAGCACCAUAUAUCCUCAUGAGACAAUAUGUGACUGCUACAAAGCUCCCGGCUUGCUCAUGGAUGAGACAUGGACAUAUUAAAACCCACAAAGCAGAGACAGUUGGAUUCAAAACUGAAAGACUUUACUGAGGACAGUCGCUCCACAUCUGCCUCUCAUGUGCCGUCUACAAUGAGGUUUUUACCUCUUCAAAAAGAUCAUUUCUCACUGUUUCCACUCACCAUGUCCUAUUUUGUGAUUUAUAGAUGUAUACAAAGAGAUUUUUGUAUUUUGACGUUGUGUUGUUACGUCCUUCCUCUUAAUUAAUAGUGUUUAUACAGAAUGUUUAUAUACACAGUUUGUUUUCUAGGGUGAGAGGUUUUCUGCAGUACAAGAGCUAAACUAUUUUGGAUUUAUCUUGAAGGAAUAUUUCACCACAAAAUGAAAAUUUGUCCAAAAUUUCUUACCCUCAGGCCAGCCAAGAUGGAUUUCAGUUUCACUGAAACAGAUUUGUAGAAAUGUAGCUUUACGUCACUUGCAAUGGAUCCUCUGCAGUGAAUGGGUGCCGUCAAAUCCAAACAGCUGAUAAAACCGAAUCCAUCAUUAAUAUGUUAAUGCUAAAUUUCUUAAAAUCUCAUUCUAUGAAGAAACAACUCAUCUUGGAUGGUCUGAGGGUGAGAUGUUCUCGUUUUUGUGUGAACUAUUCCUUUAAGAAUUUUGUGAUCUUUAGAGGCAUUACCCAAAGCACCUCCUCUUUUGCAUACAUGCCUAUAUUUUUUAAAUAUAACAAGCUAGACAAAGUUUUAUUUACUAUGCAGCUCAGAAAAGCAUGUUGUAGUGACUUGAUUAUUGAUAAUAGAACAGAUUUUCCGUUGUACUCGGCCAAAAGAAGGAAACAGCCAAAUACAAGAACAGAAACAAGA